AUGGGGGUAUCUUGUUCAUGUCUGCUCAGUGUUUAUAGUGAUUUGGAGAAUGGUUUUGAAUCUGUCACUGUUAAAUCGAUCGAUCUCGGGGAUGAUGACGGGAAAAAUCCUCUUCGAUCUGUCGAACAUACAAUAUUGCAAUCAUUAGGGUUGAGGAAAAUGUUGACGGAAGGAUCUGUUAGCCUGAGGGCAAGAGAAACUGAAAUGAACUCCAUUCAAGUUCCAGUCGAAGAUAAAUGUGCGUGCCAAGAAAUGGUCAGUCCGUUUUCGAUGGACGGAAUCCCACAAUUGGCUGGUUUGAAACCUAGCAGCCCCAAACAUGAGGCUGCUGUGAGGUUGCAGAAAGUGUACAAGAGCUUCCGAACACGAAGAAAGUUAGCAGAUUGUGCUGUUCUUGUCGAGCAGAGCUGGUGGAAGCUAUUAGAUUUUGUCGAACUCAAGCAUAGUUCGAUUUCAUUUUUUGAUCUUGAGAAACACGAGACUGCCAUGUCACGCUGGUCUAGAGCGAGAACAAGGGCUGCCAAGGUUGGGAAAGGUUUAUCGAAGAACGGCAAAGCCCAGAAACUUGCUUUACAACAUUGGCUCGAAGCGAUUGAUCCACGACAUCGUUAUGGGCACAAUCUCCAUUUCUAUUAUGUGAAAUGGCUGAAUUCUCAAAGCAUGGAACCCUUCUUCUACUGGCUGGAUAUAGGCGAAGGCAAGGAGGUUAACAUCAUUGAGAAAUGUUCUCGAUCAAAACUUCAACAACAGUGCAUCAAGUAUCUUGGUCCGAUGGAGAGAAAGGCUUAUGAAGUUUUACUCGAGGACGGAAAACUCUUCUACAAGCAAACAGGGGAGCUCUUGGACACCACUAUAGAACCAAAAGGUGCUAAGUGGAUUUUUGUACUGAGCACCUCUAGGACUUUAUAUGUAGGCAAGAAGAAGAAAGGCACAUUUCAGCACUCGAGUUUCCUGUCUGGAGGAGCCACAUUGGCAGCCGGGAGGAUUGUUGUCGAAAAAGGAAUUUUAAAGGCAGUCUGGCCUCACAGUGGCCAUUAUCGACCGACCCCAGAAAAUUUUCAGGACUUCAUAGCAUUUCUCGGAGAGAAUAAUGUGGAUCUCACAGAUGUUAAGCUUGAUUCCAUUGAUGAAGAAGAAGAAUCUAUGGGAAAGAAGGGAGGUUUAUACUUGAGAAGUAUCUCCUCCGAAGAAGACUUGACUGAAAAGGAUCGGUUAGAGACAAUAGAAAAUGAUACUGAAGACUCCAUUUUGCAUAAAGUUGUAUCUAGAGAAGGAGAGACUUCCGCUGCAAUAGAGAUGCCCAAAUCAAGAACUUCUCACAACUUCAGUCAGAAACUUACUAUUCUACAAAUACCAAGCAAAGACGAUUUCUUGGGGACAUUAAAAAUUGAAAACACAGUGGCAGAAUUAAAAACUCAGAAUUUCUUGCUGGAAUCACCUAUGGAUGGAUAUGAAACAGCAGAAGAGUCUUUUGCUUCAGAGCUUCAUUCCAUUAAUCAAGAGCAUAACAAGUCUCAUCAAGAACAUGAUGAGACUAAUGAGGAGAUCAUUUCAGAACAAUCAAUUCUCCAGAGGAUAAAUUCUCAUAAAGAUAUGAAGUCAUUUCAAUUAGGGAACAAACUAUCUUGCAAAUGGAGUACAGGAGCUGGACCUCGAAUAGGAUGUUUAAGAGACUAUCCUUCGAGGCUCCAGUGCCAUGCUUUGGAGCAAGUGAAUUUAUCCCCAAGAAAUAAUAGCCACUUAAGAUUAGACUUCCCUUCUCAGGAUUCAACACCGACCGGCUUUGGUAGGGAAAUACCGGUGUGUUCUAGCUCGUCUCCUCUAGACAAAUCGAAUCUGUCUCAUAAUAGCAGUAACACAGUCUCCCUUUCUGUAAAGGAACUUACUAAAUCUACUUGCUGUAACACAAGUAGGAACAGUUCAUUUUUUUUUAUUGAUCCAUUCUUUUGUUUGAAUAGAAGAAAUGAUAUAGCAAUUCUUUGA